ACGUAGAACAGACAGAUGUAUUCACGGCCACGAUGGGCGAUGAUUCUUUGAUAUUACGAGAAGAUGGCUAUAUUCGCAUGACUUUUCCCGUUGCUUCAUUAACGUAUCACAGCAACUUAAAUAUAAUUUUGGUGAGAACUGAUGUGGGUGGUGUACACGUUUUGGAUGUUAAUUCUGGUGUGAUACUUCAGAGCUCCCACCUUUCAGCGGAUGAGCAUGGCACUUUGGGUGUUGAGUAUGCGCCGGGCGCGGACCGUGUGUUCGUAUGGGAUAACAGCGGGAUAGGCGCUCGAACUGACUACAAUGGAGUACUACUCCUGCACACAGCUCUUCAGCGGCCCUUACCCAUCUCACAGCCAGACAGUCCCAUCAGAAUUGAACUUGUUCUAUCUGAGGCGGUGUUACUGUACCAAUGUGUGCAGAGCCUUGAUGCUCACUCCAUUGAGGGUCUGCCAGACUUCAUCAGUGAUCUUCAGAGAGCUAUUGAUAUGGAGCCUGUCAGAAAAGGUGUCAAAGCUCAAAAGUGGAGUACAGUGACAAUAUCCUUACCGCAAUCAACCCUCCGUUUGGUAAUGAUCGGCAUCGUACAGGAGUUAAAGGGUCAGAACAGACGGAUACCAGCACUUGCAAUCGCAUCUGCAGUUGGACAAAGGGCCAAUGAGCUGAUGCCUUGCAACCGAGAUGACGAGUCUAGAGGCUUGAUGUACUCUGAGGCGGAGAGGAAAGAGACCUUCAAACGAUGGCCGCAUAUGGAUUACAAAUGGGCUCUCCCAGCUCGCAUGGCGCAGGCGGGGUUCUACCACCAGCCGUCGCCCAGCGGGGACGACCGCGCCAUGUGCUUCACGUGCAUGGUGUGCCUCGUGUGCUGGGAGAAGUCGGACGAGCCGUGGGUGGAGCACGAGCGGCACUCGCCCAACUGCCCCUUCGUGAGGGGCGAGUAUACACACAAUGUUCCUAUAUCGGUAACCAAUGCCACAGCAUGUGCGGUGCCAUGUCCAAGUGUUAGGGUAGUAUCCAAAGGUAACACAGGAGAUCUUAUAGCAACCGGCACAACGGAAGGCAAGGUUAAUAUCUGGAAAUUCGAUUGUGGACUUAAAUUAGUGAAAUUCUUACAUCUUUCACCUUAUGACUCAAUAUUCAGUGGCAUUCUCACAACUGAUAGUCAUAAGGUUUGGUCAGCAAGUUUAGAAAAAGACUCAUCCACAUAUGGAAUUGAACUUACUGCCAUGACCUUUAUUGGAAUGGCAUCACAACAAGAAACAUAUCCUCAAGCACAAAAUAGUGAAAAUACAGAAAAGGAAACAAACACAAGUAAAACAAAACCAUCCCUCAUUUGCGCUGUAGUUAUCACUAGAACAGUAUCAAUACCAACAAACCAACCAAUUAAAGAUGACUCAAGCAAAGCUCUUUUCGAUGCUGGAGAUCCAGAAAAAUCUAAAGAAACCAUCCAAGCCAUGAAUGACCAAAACGAAGCUAAGAAUAAUUUAGCGAGUACAAACAAAAUGUUAUUUUUGCUAACAUACGACAUACACAAUUCAAUGGCGGGUUCAAUGACGACGGCGAUACACACAUCCAAUAGCAGCGGCGGGAACUCGAAACCAGGUGGGAGUAAAAAGGUCUGUACAGUACAAAGGACAGUUGAUGCAAACAUAUACGACGACAUUUACUUCCAAUAUUCUGACGAGGAUACAGAGCUUCCCCAAUGCACAAACCUAUUAGAUGAACAAAUUAGUAAUGUUUUUAAUUUAGAUGCAUCAUCUAGUAAAGAGGACUGCAAAAUUUGGGGACCAAAAAAGACUAUUUUCAGUAAACAUUUCAAAGUAUUACCCCCACCCCCUCCCACUGCUUUGUUGCCAGAACUGCCAGAAUCAGAACAGGGCAUUAUGUUAGAUUUUGUCGGAAAAAUAUCACAACUGAAGAGUUGGAAAAGUGGAAAUUUAGACUCUGUUAUAACCAAAAUAGUUGAUCAAACAGAUGCAGUACAAGGUGACCCCAUCACACAUUACCUCAACAUGACCGGUCAGGGACCACUGGAAAUAUCAGACCUAAAGUGGUAUGAAGGAGUUGAUAAUUCAGAAAAGGUUAAACUACCGUCAGCUACGAAAAGCAAAGCUGGUACACAAACAGUACUCAGUAUUAACCCAAAUGAUGGAUUUGACAGUGAUCCUCCGCCAGAAGAAGCCGUCUCGCAGGGUAUAGCUAUACAAUGUCUAAGUCUUCCAACUAGCUUAAACAUAUGCGACGAUGCAAAAGUCACACAUCUUUUACCAUCUGAAGAUAAAGAACAUCUUUUAGUCGUAGUAUCCUCAAUCGAACCUAACAAAGUUAAAACUGAAGAAGAGACGGACGCUGAUGGUGACGUAAAAAUGGAAGUAGAUGAAGUCUCUGACCAACCUGAUAAGACUGAUGAUAAUGACACUAAAGCAUAUUUUCUUUACUUUAAAAUUAACAAUAAAACUUCUAUUUACACUUUAGAGGAUAAUCCUGUAACAAUAAAGGAGCUACCAUACAACGAAAGUCCUGUAGAUUUGUGUUUAUUGCCAGUAGAUAAAAAUGAUCAAUACGCAUUUGCUUCGGUUGGCCUUGACGGUCACCUAAGAUUGUAUUCUCUUCCUGAUUUCAAAUUGCUUUCCCAAAAGCAAGUGCCCAAAGGACGAUUUACGUCAGUGGCUUAUUGUGCUUCUGUCGAGCGCUUGAGCGUCUCUACCAGACACGGAAUGAUAUAUUUCUAUGCUCUUAAUAAUGGAGAGAAAGAUGCUUCUGGUGAAACAAAUGAAGAUGAGUUCGCUAACAUUGAUUUUGAUAUGCUACAACGUGCGCCGAAGGAUGAUGUUACAGGUUCAGCAACAACACCAGUAUUGCUAGCAAAUAAAACAGAUCUCGAUUUAGCUGAUCUUACAUCAAUAAUGUCACUCACUGGCUCUUACUGCCCCAAUCCUACUGUCCCAUAUAGCGCCGUAGUUCCAGGGUUUUGGUGCGAGUUGUCACCUGCUCAAAGAUCAAGAUCGGAUCAUCAAAAUAACCGAUCAUGGAGACUUCAGAAUACUUCAUCCACUUGGGAUGAACAUGUUCUUGAACUCACUUUGCUAUACAAUGUUUCUUUGGCUCAUAUAGAAUUUGGAUUUACAUUGCAUUCUGCCAAUUCAGUUAAUUUGCCUAUAAUACAAGUAACGCUGUUGAAGCAGAAUUUACACGGCAUCGGGUACAACAAGGACGCCUCAUAUGGUCUGAGGUCGGAAUCACCGGUACAUUUCUCAGUCAUUGAUGCCGAUGUAUCAAAUCUCGAAAAUCCUGUAAAUAGCGAAGAGUACUUACAAGCACAUAACGCAGAAAUACUCGCGGGUCCGUUAUUGCUAUCAUCUGGGUUAGAUAUGACCCAACAGUCUGGUACUUUAAUUCUAACCAGUCCAAGGCUUUACCGUGCUCGGGGCAGGACUUUCUUGAUUCAUAUUAAAACCUUAUUCGACCCAGCUAAAGAUAUUAAUAAAGGACCAAUAAAAUCUAGUGAGAGUAGUGCAAAAAAGUCAAGUUUCAUUGGAUGCGACUGGUUACAUCAAAUCUCGAUUACUGUGCGCUCAACACCUCACACGGAAGUCCCAUUGGAGAGACAACAAAGAAUAAACAUGCUGGAAUCUAAUAGCUUCUUGAACUCACUGUGUGAGAUAGCAGUCAGUAAAGAUACGAUAGAAAAGAGAAAACUUGCUCUUGAUAUUUUAAGUUGGGUAAUUUCAAUUCGACUUCAACGCAUGCGAUUGGCGAAGAAUGAAAAGAGUAAAGAUAAGGAAUCGCCUAGUCCGGUGGAGACGCAGCAAAUGGAGUGUAUUGCAGUUAUUGAAAAACACACUAGCGCGUUGUUGAAGAAGUGCAUUUUAUGCGCUAAUCGCAGCAUCGCAAAGAAAUGCGUCAAAAUUAUCCUUAUUACUACCGAGGGGGUGAAACAAUUACCUCGUCCUUGGAAGUGCACAUUUGAGACCACAUUAACAAAUAGCGUAAUCGCCUGUAUACCGUUAGUGGGUGCGUGUGAAUCACCAGGAGCACUAAAAUGGUUGAUGGCGCUGGCCCAACAUGGCACUUCACGAGCUUCUGCUCCUGAAUUGGUUGCACGAUGUUUAACCCUGUUGGAGAAAGCAGCACGAUGUUUGCGGGAGCGAAGCAAUCCUUAUCAUCAAUUGCUACGCGCUAGGUUUGGUCUUUAUGGCUUGGCCCUGGAGCGCAGUAUAUUCGCAGUGGAGAUCCCCGAGUUUGGGCGCAGCUCCUCCCUGCCCGUGACGUACGCGAGCGUGCUCGCUGGCGACGUGCAGCCCCCUCAGGCACCUAAACAGGAAUCACAGCUUAGAGACUUGCUCAAUAUGCCGCUUGAUGCGAUCGAGAUAAAGAGCACAACGAACAACAGUCAAACCCCCAACUGGUACGAGCUGGAGGGCGGGCUGGGCGCACUUGCCGUCGUGGGCGAGUCCAUGCCGUUGCACGUGAGUUGUCACGUCGCGUCGGACGGCACCAAGCUGGAGUCGGCCGCCACGAGCCACCCGCCGCCCGUCGUCAGCGCACACACUGCUGACCCGCACCAGUUGUGGAACGUCGUGAAGGAAGGACAAAUGAAACAAGCGUCCAAAGAGGCCGAUUCGCCGGAAGAUGCGGAUGGUUCGAUGAUGGACUGCGAUCCUCAAGAUAAACCAGAGUUGGGUGAAGAUAAACUAUUCAAAGAACAAGAGCAAUGCGGCAUUCCGUGGGCAGCAUUAGUGACCCGUCCGCCGCAGCACACGCUUGUGGUGGAACGCAUGCACUCGGGCGCGCGCCGCUAUAUCGUGCUCGAUUUUGGACACACCGUGCGACUUACUGAUGUGAUUAUACCAUCUUGUUCAGACUUAGUUACAUUGUGCAUCGACAUUUGGACGGUCGGCGAAGAGACAGAUUGCGUUAAGUUAGCCUUCGCCACGGACAUUGCGACAAAACACCUUGUGUUGUCUGAUAUUCAGCCAGCUCCACUUUGCAGAUAUAUGAAGAUUACAACAAUAGGCCGCUACGGUAUGUCAGCGAUGAAAUGCAAAAUACCCCUGGGCUGGUUCUAUGGUGAAAUAGCUGAGAUAGCAAAUGUAACUGCGUCUAUUAAUGCUCUCAAUGCAUUGCAUCAAGAUCUUAGUUGUCGAUUCAGAUUGGCAACUGGAAAACUGAUAGAUUUAAUAAAUCCAUACCUUGAACUGUACAACGGUAACGCUGCGCACAUGAUGGCGUAUCUAAACCAAGCAGAAACCGAUGCCAAAGUCGUCCUUGCAUACCAGGAGUGCAUAGAAUUGCAGCAGCAACUUCACAACUGUACAAACAUAUUGAAACGACUGCAGAAUGUACCCGACUGCAGUGAUAAAGUACUGGAUGCUGUAGACGCUGGCCAUGUUACGUCAGAUGCGCUUCUAGAUAGAGCGUCUACGGACAAACUGCGCGUGAUAACUGAGAACGUAGUGGAUCUGCUUCUGUAUUUCUUGUUCCAAAUGAAUGAUGUGCAAUACGGCGAAGUGAGCGCAGCAUGGUGCCGCGGCGUGGUGUCGCUGUCGUGGGAGCUGGGCGGGCGCGCGGGCGCGGCGGCGGCCACGCUGCUCGCGCGGCUGUGCGGCGCCGCGCGCUGGUGGGGAGCACUGCUCGCCGACCGGCUCGCCGCCGCCUUCGCCGCGCACGACGCGCCGCCGCACCCGCUCGACAGAUGUCUGAUUUCGAUCAUGUACAUGUCUCGCAAGAGCAUGUACGCGCACUGCGGCAGCCGCGACAACGGCGGCGUCACACAAGCGAUGGCGGCUCGCACGCUGGAGCUGGUGCGCAGCGGGCCCGCACCGCCGGCCUUGCUGGCGGCCAUGUUGGCUGCGCUGGCACAUCUGCUAGAUGCAGCGCUCGCUAACAACACACCGGCUAACACGCCGGCUAAUGCGCACAAUAGAUGGGACUGGGUGACGGGCGGGCGCGUGGGCGCAGCAAGCGGCAGUGAGUCGCCGGGCGCUCCGUCGCCGCGCGCCGCCGAGUGCAAGCUGCACCGCCGCAAGCUGCACAAGAAGCUGCUGCACCAGAUGCAGGAGCUCGAGGCGUCGCGCCGCGGCAUACAGGUGGCGCUCGAGCAGCAACAGCGCGCGCGCCUCACUCUAAAAGCGCGCAUGGCGCUGAUGGGCAAGCGGGCGAGCGGCUCAAGCGGUGCGAGCAGCAGCACGACCACGUCAACGCGGCCGGCGGAUGACGUGCGCAUCUUGAGCCCGCAACUCGCGUCCGCGCUCGCGCAGGCGCUGCUCACGCACAUACUCACAAUUGACUCCACGCACGCGGCUGAUCACUUGCUGUUAUGCGCUAAGGUGGUGGGUCGUGUGUGCGCGCUGUGCGGCGGGUGCGGCUGGUGCGGGUGGGGCGAAGGCGGUGGGAUACUGGGACUCGCUAGACGCGCCGUCACGCUGCCCCCAUGGCCGCGACACGCGCUCACCGCGCUGCUGCAGGACCUAGUGGAAUUUGAAUGUGGUGAACCUACAACACCAGUAGCCGAAGAGUGGAACGCAGCUAGCUCGUCGCGUGUGACCGCUACGCUUGUUCACGAUCAGCCUAACUUUGGGAAGGCACCUAUAAAAGAUCUUAACUACUACAUGGAAUACCAAUUGAGUCAAUUGAUUGAAUCAGACGAUUCAGAACCGGAAGAGAAACUCGAACAGUACUUAUUGGAUGCUGUGAAGAAAGAGACAAAAACAAAACAGGCGGUCGAUUUAAACACAAGCACGUUAUCUUCUUGUGUGGACGCGCGCCUAGAAAGCGGACCGGCAGCGGCAGCGGAGGUGGCCGCUCGACGCGUACUAGCGGCCACUGCACUAUCUCUACCCGCGGCGUUACGCGCUCCCCCGCACCGGCCCACACCGCUACCUACCCCCUCGCCCCCCGCUCCACCAUCCCCGUCCUCCCCCGCGUCCCCCGCCUCGCCGGCCUCCCCGCCGGCGCCCGCGAAUAGACACAACCCGCCGCUCGCGCACACGCUGUAUGAUGUGUUCAGACAUCUCGCUUUGGAGUUCCCCAAUCAGGUGGACUGCACGUUCAUGGAGAACGUUGUGUCUCUAUGGCUCACGCUGAACGGGUCGUCGUGGGGCACGGGCGGCGGCGCGUGGACGCUGGCCGCGCUCACCGUGCCCGCGGACGCGCCGCGCAUCCGCCUCGCCUCCGACACGGUCACCGCGCUGCUCAAGUCGCUCACCGAAUUGGAAAAUAUAUCACUGCGUUGCUGGGUGCUUUCAAUGCAGGCAUUAGCAUGGGUUGCUAGUUUACCUCUUCAGACGGAAGGCAGCACUCAGACAAUGGGCCGCGUGAUCCUCGAGUGCGAGUACUUCGUGCCGGCGCUCGUCAAAUUUGUAUCCAUCGAUAUCGCUGCAGAUGGUGCUGUCGUUUCAUCAGAACCCUAUUUGGGUGGCAGCACAGUCGGAGCUGGAGCAGGCGCUGCAGCAGCUCUCCAAGCGGUGGUAUCCCGUGUAGUCGUGCCACGCGGUGCGGCUGGCGCGCUGUGUACAUUACGUGCGCUGGCUGCGCUAUGGCAGAGCGGCAAUGCACAUGCGCACGCACAUCACGCGCUCGACUUGCACGCGGCGUUGUUACGGGCUGCACACUCGUUGCUGCCCGCGCUCGCGCACAAGCAUAUACAUCACGCGCUGCCGUUGAUUGAAGCUGUCGCGGAGCAGUGCAGCGGGUGGGUGUGGUGGGGCGGCGCGUGGCGCGCGGAGGGCGGCGCGUGGGGCGAGGCGCGCGGCGGGCUGCUGGCCGACGUGCUGGGCGGGGCCACGGCGCGCCGCCCGCCGCACCGCCGCGCCGUGCUGGCCUCGCUGCUGCUCUACUGCCGCAAGCUGCUCGCGCUGCCGCUGCCGCGCGCGCGCUCCGCCGCAACGGCCGCGGCGAGCGGCGCCAGCGCUGGUGCCAGCGGUAGCUCCGCUGAGCCCGCAACGCAGUCGGCAGCUAGCCCCGAGAGUACCUCCAGCGGUGGUAGCGGUUCGGGCGGUGAGGAGAGUCAAACAGACGAAAGUAAACAGGCACAACAACAGUCUGCGGGCACUAACUUGGAGGACGAGCGCAAGCACGUACCGCGUCCGCCUUGCCUCGCUGACACCGUGUUGCAACAUCCUACAAUCAUGGAGAAAUUCUACAGGACACUAUCAAUGUGCGAUGGCAUGACCACAAUGGUAGUAAAUUCAAGCGGGAACGUAGAGAACUCAACGGAGCAGUGCUCUCUGAAGGAGGAAGUGUUCUGGUUGGUGGCGCACAUACCCGCGGUGGCUUCGAGCCCCGUGCUUAUGCUGCCCGCGCUCAUCCGAUACCUCUCCAAAGACGAAGUGGUGAAUCUCUCUCAGGCGAUGCAACAACUGCUAAUGCGACUGUUGGACAAGCCGGAGGUUUUAGCGGCAUUCAUCGAGGCGGGUGGUAUGGACCUCGCCGUCAAAAAGCUCAACGCGUGCCACCAGGCGGGUCCAAGCAGCAGUCAAGGCUUGGUAUCAUCUCUCAUGAACCACUUGAAGCUUCCACCUCAACUCGUCAACCUGUCGACGCCUGCUGCUUCUAGCAGUAAGAAGACGCAGCCGCCUGUCAUCGAAGCUACCGAUGGGCUUAUCAAUAUUGCACCAUUUUGCUCCGUGUCGUGCGGCAACCCGACGGCGCAGGCGGCGGACGUGCUGCUGGGCGGCGGCGCGGAGGGCGGGCGGGGCGCGGGCGGGUGCGCGGCGCGGCGCGUGCGCGCGGCCGCCUGGUCGUACCACUUCUUCAGCGCGGACGACGCGUCGCUCGCGCUCAGCCUGCACCUGCCGUACGCGGCGCGCCUGCACGAGGUGCACCUGCAGCCGCACCUCACCAGCCUCGCCACGUGCCCUGGAGCUGUGGGUGUAGAAGCCGGUUGCGGAGGUACUCUCGCUCCUCUCGGCCCGCCACAGAGCACCGCCGGCAUGACAUUCAUUCGGCUGGUACUAGCCCGACCCAUCGUAUGCACAACAGUGCAACUGCGUCUGUACAGACCUAGAGACUCGUCGAAUAUGGGCUUGCUUCAGUUGCGUUUGCUCGCUGCGCCCGCGUUCGCUCCGCAACCGCCACUGCCGACUCUGCCUCCGACAUCGGAUGUGCACAAUACGUCUUAUACUCAUGAUAGUACUGGAAACAACUGGGCGAGCGUAGUAUGCGCGUGCGUGCGUGGUCGCGCGGCGUGCGGUGGCGGUGCAGUCCGCGCGUUAUGCGGCGCGCUGCUAGCCGGCGGUGCGCCCGCGCAUCAUGCGCACCUCGCGCUGCUAGCUGCUGCGCGUGCACAGCCCUCUCUACAGGAGCCCCUGCUCGAUCGCCUGUUGGAUCUAGAUGCGCAUGCGCACGCGCAUGCGUUCCAGCCGCUGCGCGGCAGCACGAACAGCAUGAGCAGCGUGUGCGGGCUGGUGGCGGCGCUGUGCCGCGCGUGCGGGGGCGGGUGCGCGCGCGCCUACCUGCGCUGGCUGCACCGCGCCGCCGAGCGCGCGCUGCAGCUGCGCGCCGCGCCCUCCGCCGCGCUCGUGCACACGCUCGCUGCGGUAUUAUGGACACUGAAAGAAGAGAAACUAAUGGACAAUUUGGAAGAAUUGAUAACUGAUGAUCUGUUUGAGCUUAUCUGUACUUGGGUUACUGAUGUGAAUGAAGCCAGUCUAUUGAAGAAAUCACUGGAUGCUGUAAUGUGUUCAAUGUGCUACAUUAGACCUGAAUUGUUCAAAUUGCUGUUGGAAAGAAUGGAGAUACCCAUUGAUUCUGAAGAAAGCAUGGAGGGACUAACCGACGACACGAAAGUACGUCGGCCGAUGCACUCCUCCGCCUCCGGCGAGAGCGGCAUCUCAGUGGGCAGCUGGGCGGGCGCAAGCGCAGCUCGACGGUUACGCGGUGGCCAGCUGCGCACGCUUGCGGCGGUCGCGCUGUCGCCCGCGUGCGCGCCGCCGCUGCUGCACUCGCCGCUGCCGCACGCGCUGCUGCAAUAUGUGGCUGAAUUCUGUGAGACAAAGUUGGAACAGAUAUUAUCACGGACGAAUUCACAAGAGGAUAUACACAUGACUGAUUUGAGUGAUCUGGAUAGUAAUAGUGAGAUGACCUCAAUGCAAACGGUGUGCGACAUAGUGCAGUGGGCGCGGCUGAUGUGCGCGGACCGACGGCUCAAGGACUGGCUUGGUGGUGCUGGAGCUACUUUCUGGCGCCCGUUGCUUGCGUUGUUGUGUCAGCCACGAUCGCACGAUAGCUCAUGGCGUGAGAUGGACCUGUACGCCCAGCUAGAAGAGAACACAAUAAGACUUUUCUCCGAGCUGACGGUGUGCCACGCUGCCAAUCAGAAACUAUUUGCGUCAACAUUGCACAACAUUUUGGAAUCGAUGCAAUGUACCGGACCAGAGGGCAUAUCCGGGUUCACGCGUUCCCUCAUCCUGCGACUGGUGCUGUCGGGCGAGCGCGCGACGGUGGCGCUGCGCUGGGCGGGCGGCUCGCCGUCCACUCCGCCCGCCCCCGCGCCGCCCGCCCCCGCCCACCCUGCUGCGCGCGCGCACGCGCUGCUCACGCUGCCGCUGCACACUACGGUGCGCACGCUGCUCGCGGACCACCGCCCACCGUUGCCACUAAUGGAGGACAACGCAAAACUAAGCGCGGGCAACCCAUCAACAUCCAGCUGUACAUCAGUACUACGCAGCGCGUCAGACACAGCGAUAAUGACGGUCGCGGAAGCGUGGGAGCUGUCGCUGGCCGCCGCGUCCGCGUCCAAGGACAAGCGCGUCAAGGACGUGAAGAACACUACGCUCAAGCAGCAGGGCAGCAAGAAACGGCAGAGCAAGGCGAACGCUGAUCCCAACGUGCUCGCUGUUACGGACGAAUUAUUGGAGUCAUCUAUCCGAGUGCAAGUGACCGGUAUAGAAGGUUACAUACCCGCUAGCACUACGCUGGCGCAGCUUUGUGCCGCCGUGCCGCAUGAAUUCGGGCCACACCUUACGCUCACACUGCAUCUUAAUACAUCUGGAGAAACAUGGACAGGUCCAAUGUGGGAUGGCGGGGGGACGAGCACUGAAACAGCUAGCACGAGCACCGCUACCACUACAACCACUACCACGAAUCCCACAUCUAGCACUAGCAAUGCUUCAGGCAGUGGGUCUACGGCACCCGGCUCGAAUGGUACAGGGUCGGGAAGUGGAGCAGUGCUACGCGAGUUUGGAGCGUGUGGUGGUUUAGCGUUAGUAGCUGCGAGGUUGCCGCGACCCCAUGCUGCGCCCGCACCGCCGCCUGCGCAUCAUCAACACGCGCACGAACUGGACUGGGUGAAACUGGACGAUUCCACUUAUGAGGAGGUAGUAGAAUUAGGUGUAACGUCUGCGGCCAAUGCUGGAAGCGGUGGUGGUGGAAACGGAGGGUCCGCAGAAGAAAGUGCCGCGUGCGCUGGUGUGCCCGCACAUGCGUUGGUGGCAUUAGCACUGUUGCUCAAACUGCCGGGCUAUGCGCAUGCGCUGCUUGAAGAGGGCGAACGUGCCGUGCAUCUGUUGCGGUUGUUACUCGGUGUCGCGCAUGAUGAGGAUGGCCGCAGCAUAGUGGUGAGCGGCGGCGCGGGCGGCGCGGGCGGCGGCACGUGGUCGCUGGGCACGCUGCCGUUCCGCGUGGUGGCGCGGCUGCUGGAGCGCGGCGCGCGGGACGACGCGGCGCUGGCGCUGCGCCGCGCGCUGCUGCGCCUCGGCGCCGUGCGGCUCGUGCUCGCCUGCCUCGCGGUCUUCACGCACCAUCGACCCGCCUCGAACAAUCAAACCUCAAACGGCGGCGGUAAAGAAGACAAAGCUCAACUAUACUGGGCCAAAGGAACGGGCUUCGGUACUGGCUCCACGCAGCAGUCGUGGAACGUAGAGCAGGCGCUCGUAAGACAACGGAUUGAGGAGGAGCACGUAACUGUGCUGCUGCAGGUAUUAGCUUCAUAUAUGAAUCCGGGCGAGAAAUGGCCGCCCGAAGAAGGCUCGCAGGAGGCACAGGAAAUCGAAGACACGGAAGAGGGCGACACGCAGCACCUCCCGCCUGAGUUCAUCGACCUCGUCGCUAACAGCUCGCUCGUACCUGCCGUCUGCUCCUACCUCAGGAAUGAUUCAGUAUUGGACAUGUCACGCCACAUUCCGCUGUACGUGUGCGUGCUGCGCGUGGCCCGUGCAGUGGCGUCGCUGCGCUGCCGGCGGCUGGCCCGCGCGCUGCGGCCGCUGCCCGCGCUGCUGGCCAGCAUGAGCCGCACAACUAACUCGUACGCCACCAAGCUCAGGAUGAGUAAAAAGAACAUAUUCGGAAAAAUGACGUAUAGCCAAAGAUUUAGUACAUCAAGUAAUUCAGAAUUAUCUGAAGAAGACGAAGGACUUGCAACACUUAUUGCUGACAUUCAGGCGACAUCAGCGCUAAUGUGCCGGUCAGAGAGUGAAGCGGAGAGUGUGGGCGUGGCGCGCUCCGUGCGCGGCGCCGGACGAGAGGCGCGGUAUAUUGAGCUCAUGCGCACCAUGCAGUUUGAAACGUUCGAGAUGAUAACGGAGGACGGCGAGGGCGGGUUCCGUUUCUCUGUGCCGUACCACUUCGAGGCCACGGUGCGCGCGGCGGGCGAGCGCACGCACCCCGCGCGCAUGAAGCGGCUCGCGCAGGAGGCCGCCACGCUCGCCACCAGCCUGCCGCUCUCCUACUCGUCCAGCGUGUUCGUGCGCACCGACACCGACCGCCUCGACGUCAUGAAGGUGCUGAUCACGGGCCCGUCGGACACGCCGUACGCGAACGGCUGCUUCGUGCUGGACGUGUACUUCCCGGCGGAGUACCCGGCGGUGCCGAUGCUGAUCAACCUGGAGACGACGGGCCGGCACUCGGUGCGCUUCAACCCGAACCUGUACAACGACGGCAAGGUGUGCCUCUCCGUGCUCAACACGUGGCACGGCCGCCCCGAGGAGAAGUGGAACGCGCACACCUCCAGCUUCCUGCAGGUGCUGGUAUCGAUCCAAUCCUUGAUCCUGGUGCCGGAGCCGUACUUCAACGAGCCGGGCUACGAGCGCAGCCGCGGCACGCACGUGGGCAACAGCGCGUCGCUCGAGUACAACUCCAACAUCUACCAGGCGUGCGUGCGCUGGGCCAUGCUGGACCAUCUGCGCUCGCCCGAGCCAUGCUUUAAGGAGGUGAUCCAAACGCACUUCUGGAUAAAGCGCAACGAGAUAAUGCAAACAGUGGCCAACUGGAUCACAGAGCUGGAGGGGCAGACGGGCGACGAGCGCACGCAGCGCACCAUACAUCUUAACCUCAUGGCGCUCAAGCGUCACUACGUGAAGCUGCAGGAGGAGCUGGCGAAGCUGCCGGUGCCGGCGGGGCUGGAGGAGCUGGACGAGCCGUUCACGCUGCCCGCCGCGCCGCCCGCCGCGCCCCGCGCCCGCCCCGCGCCCGACAUCGACCACGACAUGGAGAAGAUCGUGUCGCACGUGUUCGACUGAGCCCCCCCCCCCCCCCCCCCCCCCAGCCGCACACUGCUGCUGCGAUUCGCGUGUUUAUUUGGCGGCCAACGCUCGAGCGCCCACAUACUCACCCCGCAAAAUUCAUAUUUAGUUUAUCUGUAGGACGUUCUGGCGACUCGACUCGGCGUUCGGCGAGCUCCGUUUAGUUUAACGUGUAUUGUGAUAUUAUAACGGGCUCCGGCGGCCCGGUAAGUUAUUUUACGGCGUCCGACCGCAUCAUACUCAAUUGUGUAGCGAUAUGUGUACGCGGCGGUGUAAAUGUUAGCGGUUUUAUUUGUGGCUGCAGUCGACGCUCCAUCCCGUUUCGGGGAAAGCAUUCAUAGUAAAUUUUAUAGUCUCGUACGUGUGGUAGAUUCAUUAAAUUCCAUAUAAUGUGCAUAUCUGCAUCUUUUAUUAUUUCUGUCGAUACGAAGCCCUGUCGUAAUAGUUGUAACCUAAAAUGAAUGUUUUACGAUUUGUAAAAAUGUGAUGCGUGGUGUAUCGGAGCAUAGGGAGGUUCGACUGUAUAUAUACUUAGAGUUUAUUUUACAAUACCUCAUGUCGCGUGUACAUAUCCAGUGUCCGGCGACGUUCAGUGUUCGCGAGACGAUUCUGGAUGUUCGCUCGAAUAACUAUGUAUUAUAUAGACGUGUUAAAUUAUAAUUUGAUGUAUAUAAUAAAACUUAUUGCGUUUUAACUUUUGUAUUUAAGAUCAUAUUAUUAUUGUACUGUAAAGAGAUUCGGUACGGAGUGAAGCUUUCGGGAACUAAACAGAACUAAUAAAUUAUGUAUGGGCCCAGCCGUAUAGUUUUAUUUAGCGACAAUAAUCGACACCUACUGAACCACUCGAUAUUGGCAGACUUUUGUUUUGGACUUAACGGCGUAAAUUACUAGAAGCGAUACGUAUAAUGUAUAUCGGUUAUUUAUAUUUAACUGUGACGGCAAGGUUAAGCGUCCAAAGUGACAUGUCGCUGUGCUCUAGCAUUUUGUAAGCGAAAAAUGUAUUCUGCAUUUGUCUGUGUUCUGAUCGCACGUGAUGUCUCCAUAUUAUAGUGCUGUUGGGUCUCUACAGUCGCAGUAUUUUCAUUAGAAUCGUUAGUUUUCAAGUUUAAAGGUAGUUUUAUAUACUUUACAUUUUUGAAAGAAUGAGCUUAAGUUCGUAUCUGUGUAUGAAGCAGACGUAUAACUUUUGUUUUUUAGCUGCAUUUAUAUAUUUUAGGAGCGUAGAAAGUACCGGAAAAUUAAAAAAGAGCGUGUGCGCCGAGCACUCGUGUCAGAAGUGAAACUUCUUUGAUCCAAAGAUACCAA